UUCACUUACAGGAGCUAACUUGUAAAGGUGUGUGAACAGCGCAAAGCUUCAGUUUCGAGUUGCUCGUCAUGAGGUAAAUUGCUUUAUUGAAAAGGCGACUAAAACUGUAACGAGCCACAACAGAAGCUGCAAAUUAUAGAGGAACAAUCAGAGCAAAGUGCUCUUUGAAAUUGGGGACACAACUGGGGGGGUAUGGAUGGAAUACAGGCUCAGGGAAGACAUGACGCCCUUUCCUGGUUCACUGAGUUCCAACUGGACUGUGUCAUCAGGAAUGGGGUAGUUCCAGAAUGGUUCCAUGGCAUUAUUUCCAGGAAGGUUGCUGAGGAAAUGCUCCUGUCCACUCCCACAGGCUACUUCCUGAUCCGUGUCAGUGAAAGCAGGAUAGGAUACACACUCUCCUAUCGUGCCACUGAUCGGUGCAGGCACUUCAUGAUCGAUGUGCUGAAGGACAAUCGCUACAUUAUUGUAGGAGAGGACAUGCAUCACAGCUCACUGCAAGACCUUGUGAACUUUCACCGCAGAGUGCCUAUCAUGCCUUUCAAUGAGCUGCUGACUGUAGCUUGUGGACAGGUAUCAAAGGUCAAGACUAAUUAUGCAGAACUGUUAUUCCCGAAAAGACCAGCCAUGAACCCUAAUCAUGGUGUGUUGCCAAAUAACCCCCCACACAUGCACAGUAGUACUCAUCUGAAAGUAGCUGAGGACAUUCCACCUGCCCUUCCAAAUCGUCCCAGCACAUUGAGUGACCCUGCCGGUCCACCUCCAAACACUAGCAAACCACCUGUAUCUCCAAUCACCCCUUCUCCCAGACUCUACCCCUGCCUGGAGACUGAGUUAAACACACUGAGCUUCCAAACCCCAAGCAUGGUAGAUCAUACUGCUAAACCAGUGCCAUUGCCCAGGAAAAUGCAUGUAGUCACCACGGCCCAGCCGGACCAACCUCCUGAGUUACCUGCCAGAAGCCCUGCUCUACCACAGAGAAAGGACACGGACCAGAGCAGUACAACAUCUAAAGGUCCCACAGAACCCAGGACUGUGGGUACAGGCAGACCACAGACCCGACCAAACACACACCACCAGGACCCAAACUCCAACCAACAGAAGAAUCAAGAUGUAAAGUCCGUGGUCAGCAACCUGAGCUACUUCAGGAGGAAGUUCCAUAAGAAGAGAAGUGCCUCUCAGGAGCACAUGUAUGCAGAGAUCAGUGUGGAGGAUGAGCAGGGGCAAGACCAGGGGAAACUCCCAGCCGUGGAGGCUAGAGAUAGGGAUAUUGAUACAGCUGCUGAUAACGAGUAUCAGAUGCUACCAGGAGAGAUUGACAAUGGCCUUCCACCCAUCACUGCUGUCACCGCUGUUAGACCCACGGACUGUGGGUUACUGCCAGAGUAUCUGAACCCUCCUCCUUUUGCCCCUGGAUACUAAUGUCCACUUCUCUACCCUCAGGAUGGCUGGGUGGCCAAAUGGACACAUGCAUUUUGAGAAGGCACUGAUGAGUUAAAGUUAGUCUGAAGGGUAGCCUAGUGGUUAGAGCGUUGGGCUAGAAACCGGAAGGCUGCAAGUUCAAAUCCCCGAGCGGACAAGGUACAAAUCUGUCGUUCUGCCCCUGAACAGGCAGUUAACCCACUGUUCCUAGGCCGUCAUUGAAAAUAAGUAUUUGUUCUUAACUGACUUGCCUAGUUAAAUAAAGGUAAAUAAUACAUUUUACAACGUAACAUUGAGAGCUAUUUAUGUCUGCAACCAGCUCUGGUUAGUGAUUAGACAAUAUCCAAUGUUUUUUUACAGUGCUAUGUAUGGUCAACUAUUUCAUAUCAAAUGUGAAAAUACUUUUGUUUUAUUUAAUUUGAUGUGAGGAAUUAUGUUACACCUAUGUAUUAUUUUAAUUAAAAUACAACCAUGG